GACGAAUGCGGAAGUAAGGUGCUUCUUCAGCUUGAUAUCCCAAAACAAUUGAAAUGCUUUCAUUUUAAACCCAAUAAUCUCAAAGUAUCUGUGUUUGCGUUGAUCUUGUCCGUUUUAACUUGCUGGGUAUCGCCGCACAGUUGUCAGACCACCGAGAAGAAGGCUAACCGUCUGAAAUGGAGGAUCCUGGUAGUAGCAGUGUGGAGUCUGUGACAUCACCAGCAGCAGGUGCACCGAAGUCAAAGCUGGACACGUUGCCCAAAGAUGACCUCAUCAAGUUUGCCAAGAAGCAGAUGGCUGCCAUGCAGAAAAUGAAGGGCAGAUGUGCAGAUUUGGAGAAAGAAGUUGAAUCCCUGAAACAGCAAUCCAAACAGAAUAACAGCAGUUCAGCUGAUUCUAUAUUGGUCCAGGAGUUGACAGAGAGGAUGGAUGCUUUACUGUUGGAGAAGGCAGAAAGUCAGCAAAGCCUUGCUUUGUCUCGUAAAGACCUGGAGAGGACAAAGCAACAAGCCAAGGAUGAGCUCGCAAUACUGCAAGAUGCACUUGACCGUUCGAUAGACGAACACCAGAAGAGGAUUAAUUAUCUAGAGAGCAGCAUCGAGGAAUCCAACAAUAAACACCAAGAAGAAGUCGCAUUUUUUCAGAACCUUUUGAAAGAGCGUGAAGAAAGUGACAGGCAGAAAGAGAAUGAAUGUGAGAGGAAAGUCCUCGCUGAUCAUGCAAGUGUCAAAGACAGUUUAGAAGAAGUCAAACGUUCCUUGGAAGUUGAGCUGGAAAGCCUUCGGGCUGAACUUGAAGCCAUCCAAGUUCAAAAGUCCCAGGAGAUAACUGAACUGCAUGAAAGUCACCAGCAGGAGUUAACAAAGGCCCAACAGGAAGUGGAAAACCUGAGAGAAGAGCUUGCUCAGAAAAGCCUACAGCAUGAGGAGGAAGUGAGGGCUCUGGAGGAGGACUUUGAGAUCGAGAGGGAGCGUCUCCUAUUUCUCCACGAAGAGUUGACUGAGCAGCUUGCACUCAAAGACAGCUACCUGCAAGAUGUACAAGAGGAAGAUGAAGAACCUGCUCGUGGUUCAGGCAUUGCUAGAAUGUUGGAAUUAUCCCGCUGCCCUCAGUCUGACUCCAACCAGAGCAUUGGAGACGAGACAGAGACAAGUAGACUGAAAGUUGUCUUGGAAGAUCUUCGAGCUCAAAACACCAUGCUACAGGAUGAACUCACCCUGCUCAGCAAUGUGAAGGGUGAGCUAGAAGCAGAACUCGAGAGGGCCAAGGAGGAGUUUCAGAUGGAGAGAGAUGAGCUGGAGUUCAAAAUCAACGAGCUGCAGCUGAACCGGGAAAAUAUAAACACUCACUCAGACACAAAUGUAAGUGACUUGAAUGUUGACCCUGGCCAACAGGAAGAUACAAAAGUGUGUCAGCAGCAGAGGGAAGAAUGCAUGCAUGGACAUAAUGCUGUCCCAUGUAAUUCCAAAGAGGAGCUGUCACCACUUUUUAAUAUUCCAGACCAAAAUUCCUUUUGUCCAGAUGAGCAGCAGCAGAUGAUCCAAGAGCUGAGGGUGAGCUGUGAGGUUUUGACCAAAGAGAGAGACUCUGCCAUUGCCGAGUGCCACCACAUGAGAGACAUACUACAAGGUCUGGAGUUAGAAUUGGGUCAGAAGACACAAGAUUUUGUCCUUCAGUACAAAGCCAUGAAAGAACAGGGAGAUAACACUUUAUUGGAACUUCAAAUUAAGAUUGAAGAAGUUAGCCAGGAGAGGGACAGACUAGUGACAAAGCUCAGUGAUGUUACAGAAGAGAAAAACUGUCUAAUGGAGGACAUCCAAGACUUGAAAGUGAAAAUGGAAGCUUUUACAGUGGAAGAUCAGAAAAUUAACCUGCAGCCUGACAUGAAGGAACAAACAACUUUGCUCAAGGAAUCAUUGGAGGGCCUCACCAGGCAGAAUGAGGAGGUGCUUUCUGAGCUACAGAUGAAGGAGAGCAUGAUUCAAGACCUACAAGAGAUGGUCAACAACUUGACUGAAGAGCGCAACGAAAUGCAAUCCCACUUUUCACUUGAAAAAGAGGAAAUUAGGAGACUGGAUGAAGAGAGAGAAAAAGACAUCCAUCGGCUGCAGGAAGAGAAGGAAAAUACUUUAGAUUUGCUUCAAGCAGAAAAAGAGAUGGCAUUGGAUAGUCUGAGAAAAGAGAAGGAGGAUGAAUUACAACUUCUAAACACGAAGAGAGAAAAACUAGAGGAGAAGCUGACACAGGAGCUGGAAAGAAGGCAGGAAACCGUUUCAUCAUUAGAAGCGACAAUCAGAGACCCCUCAACAGAAAAUGCCAACCUCCAACACAAACUGGAAGAUGCAUUUUCUGAGAUAUCCCAAGCCCAUAAAGAAAAGGAACUGUCGGACUCCAAAAUGAAAGACCUGGCAUCUCAGCUGGCACAUGAGGUGUUUGAAAAGCAUCGACUCGAGGGAACAUUGGCUUCAGUGAGAGAGGAAGCAGAGCAGGCACAGGCCAUUAUCAGAACUCUGGAGGAAAAUCAGUCUGAUGUUCUCAGAAAUGCCACUAAAGAGGCAUCAGCGCUUCAAGCACAUGUAGAUGGGCUGGAAAAAGAGAGAUUCCUGUUGAGGAGCAGUCUUAAAGAGUCUCAAGAGGGGAGAUUAGAGGAUGUUGAAAUAGAUCUCCAGGCUUAUAUUGAGGAUCUGAAAAAGGAGAGGAAUAUCUUGAAAGAUGACCUUGAGGGGUCAGUGAGGAAAUCUGAAGGGCUACUGAAAGAUCUGGAGGAUAUGAAGAUAGUCAAUGAAGACUUUGUUACUGAGAACCAACAAUUACAAGCUCAGGUGUCUUUGCUGACCAAAGCAACAGAAGAGAAGGAGCUGCAGGUAAAGGAGAAUGUAACUGAAGAGCUUAAAGAGAUGUUGAACGCCUUAACCGAAGAGCGUGACCAGUUAAAGUUAUUGUUUCAGCUUCAAGGAGAGGAAAUGCAAAAGCUUAACAUAGAAAGAGAAAGAGACAUUCAGAGGCUGCACGAAGAGAAAGAAAAUGCAGAUUUACUGAGCGAACAAAAAGAGAUGGCAUUGAAUAGUUUCAGAAGGGAAAAGGAGGAUGAAGUGCAACGUUUGAAUGAGCUCAGAGAAACGAUAGAGGACAAACUCAAAGAAGAGUUGGGACAAAUGAAGGAAACUAUUUCUUCUUUGGAGUUGACCAUCAAAGAUCUCUCAGUUGAAAAUUCCAACCUCCAGCUCAAACUGCAAGAUGCAUUUUGUGGGACAGCCCAAGGCCAAGAAGAGAAGGAACUGUUGGGAUCUAAUUUGGCAGCCCUGACAGCUCAGCUGCAGCAUGAGAUGUCUGAAAAGAAUCAGCUGGAGGCAAAACUCAAAUCACUGACAGAGGAAGCAGAGCGGACACAGGUCACCAUCAGAUCUCUGGAAGAAAAUCUAUCUGAAGUUCUCAGAAACUCCACUAAAGAGGCCGAAGAGCUUCAAGCACGUGUAGAUGAGCUGGAAAAAGAGAAUAAGCUGCUGAGGAGCAGUCUUGAAGAGGCUCAAGGAGAAAGGAGAUUAGAGGAGGUGCAAAUAGAUUUUCAGGCUCAUAUCAAGGACCUUGAAAAGGAGAAGAACAUUUUGAAGGACAACCUGGAGGGGGUGUUGAGGGAUAGUGAAGGGCUGCAGAAAGAUCUGGAGGAUAUGAAGAUAGCCAAUGUGAAGAUUAUUGCUGAGAACCAACAAUUACAAGCUCAGCUUUCUUUGCUGAUCGAAGGAACUGAAGAGAAGGAGAGAGAGGGAUUGAAGAGCGAUGGGGACAUUGCAGAGACUGAGAGAAGAGAGUUCAGCCAACAGCUGACUGAGAAGGACUCAAUCAUAUCUCAGUUGAGAAGUGAAUUAGCUGCUCUGCAGGAAGCCACUUCCCAGUCUGCUCUCUCUGAGGACAAUGCAGCCAAAGAGUUCACAGAGAAAAUUGCGCUUCUGGAAAAAGAAAGCAAAGAAAAGGACGAGAAGAUGAACAAGAUUAAAGCUGUAGCUGUCAAAGCAAAGAAGGAGAUGGAUGCCAGUAAGAAAGAGGUUGCAACCCUCAAGGAGGAAGUAGAAUCACUGAAAGCAGAGAGGGAGAAACUGAACAGCUCCAUGAAAGAUAUCAUUCACGUUGCUGAAGGCUACAAGCAUUUGCAGAUAGAUUACGACAAGCAAAUGGAGCAACUGGAUAAGGAGAAAGAGAAGGUGGAGGCAGCAGAGAGACAGAUUGCUGAACUGACUAAACGACUUGGUGCCGCUGUCACACAGAAAGAUAUGCUGGGCAGUGAGAAAGAGGACCUGCUGGCUGGAAUGGAGACCAUGAGGAGCACAGUAAAACAGCUGGAAGCUCAGAGUCAAGAGCAACAAAAACACUCGGCCAACCUGGACAGAGACCUGCUGGUUGAAAGAACUAUGAAAGAACAGAAGAUCAAGGAAUUGUUAUCUGCCGUCAAGGAGGUAGAGGAGCUGACAGCUCAGCUCCACAAGCAGCAGCAGCAGUCCCAACAGAUGGCCCAGGAGCUGGACCAGCUACGCAAGGAGGCCCAACAGAGCUCUCUACUUGGCAUGGAGAUGGCAGACUAUGAACGACUCGUGAAAGAACUCAAUGCCAAACUCUCAGAGAGAGAUGUAUGUGCUGAGGAAUUAAAGUCCCAGAUACUCAUUAACACCCAGAAGGAGGAGGCACUCAAACAAGAAAUUGAGGCUUUGAAAUCCCAAAUUGACCAAGGGGAGGAGAAGGCCUCCAAGAUGAAACAGCUCCUGGUGAAUACUAAGAAGGACUUGGCAGAUGUUAAGAAACAGGAGUCCUCCCUCAUGAUGCAGCAAGCGUCUCUGAGAGGAGAGCUGGAGGCAAACCAGCAGCAGUUAGAAAGCUCAAAGAUCCAGAUAUGUGAGCUGACAGCUGAGCGCCAUCAUUUGCAGGAGCAACUCAGGUCUGCGUUGGAACAGCAACAAAGAACCAGCAGCUCCUUACAGCAACGUAUCAACAGCCUGCAGCAACAGUGUGAUGCUGCUAAGGCUGAGGUUGUGGCAACAACAGGUGAGUUUGAGAGUUACAAGGUACGAGUUCACAAUGUGCUGAAACAGCAGAAGAACAAAACCAACGGGCAGAGUGAAGGUGAUUCCAGCAAAAUAGAGAGGGAUCAGCUGUGUUCUCAGGUGGCGCAUCUGAAGUCCAGGCUGGUGGAGAGCCAGCAGAGCCUACAGAGCAGCACAGCAGAGUUACACCAGCUCCAGACUGAGCAUGACACUCUUCUGGAGCGGCACAACAGAAUGCUGCAGGAAGCCAUUAGCAAGGAUGCAGAACUCCGUGAGAGGCUGCUGUCGCUACAAUCUGAGAAAGUGGCUCUGCAGUCAGAGCUGACCCAGGCUCAGGCCGACCUGUGUUCCCAGACUGAUGCACAGCGUCAGACAUUCAGGGAACAGCUGAGGAAGCUGCAGGAUGAGCACCGGGCCACAGUGGAUACCCUACAGGGCCAAAUGACCAAAGUUGAGGAACAGCUUUUUAUCUUACAGAACCAGAAUAGUUCGAUGUCCAUGCAGUCCGGCCGCAAGUCUGUUACGUCAGAUACCCAGCGCAAGAACACAGACCGGAACCAGGCAGGGCUGGGAUUACUAGUCCUUAGUGACCUACAGUCUAUGGCCAGGGAGGAGGGUGAGGGCAUGGAGACCAAUGACACUGACAGUCCCUCUCCUGCCCUUACACCUUUACCCUCUUUGGAGAAGCUUCUCACAUCCCCCAAUCCAAAACAAGAGCCAUUUGUGUGGACAGUGGAGCCAACCAAAGAAGAACUCAGUCAAAAGUUAAGCACCGCCACACGUAGUAUGGAGCACAUGAACGGCAUCCUGCAUGAAACAGAGGCCACCAAUGCUGCACUCAUGGAGCAGAUCACAUUAUUGAAGAGUGAAGUUCGCCGUCUGGAGAGGAAUCAGGAGAGAGAGAAGGGCGUAGCCAAUCUGGAGUAUCUGAAGAACGUCCUGCUGCAGUUCAUUUUCCUGAGAUCAGGUAGUGAGCGGCGGGCUCUGCUUCCUGUCAUUCACACCAUGCUGCAGCUCAGCCCAGAGGAGAAAAGUAAACUGGCCGCCAUUGCACAAGGAGAGGAAGAGUCAUCAAGUCCACGGGGUUCAGGCUGGACCUCCUAUCUCCACAGCUGGUCUGGGAUCAGAUAGACCUGUAAACAUCCACAUAAAUAAGUAGUUACUGGGGAUUCUCUGUGGAAGUCUGUACUGACCAGUGAUACUUUGUGUAUAUAUAAAACAGGGACACAAGGCUGGUCGAUAAAACUGGGCAUUUAUCAAACACUGGUGAGACAGUUGACUGGACCAAAGAAUCUGUAUCAGAGAGAAAUGGUGAAGAGUGUUUUAGCUGUAAUAAGAGCCAAAACAUUGGCCGCAUCUGAUUUAACUUGCACAAAUGUGAAUGAAUGUUUUACAAAUGAAGGCAAACAUGCAUCAGUCACAUCACAACAUUUAGUAGACACAAAGUUAUACACAUAAGGUAUUAUAAAGCAAUAUUAGCAGCAUGAGAACAUGUGCUGUAUGAGUGAAUAUAAUAUGUGUAGUGCGUGUUAGAACUGCAUCGUGUAAUGCUGAUGCACACAAGUGGUAGGAGGGGUUUAUACCUAAUUGCUCAUUAUGUAGUAGGUAUGGUAUGAGAUUCUAUGAACCUAAAUAUGUUUUAUUUCACUGAGGUCAUCUUGCACAGUGCACUUAAAUGACCAUGUUAAUGGUUUUGCAUGUUUUUCAUCAUUGAAUACAAUUUGCAUAUACUU